UGAAAAAUCGUGAAAAAUCAUUAUCCUCAUCAUUGUUAACUUUUUGGGACUUAAAAGGAGCAAUAUUUUUAACUCAUUUACUCCCACGCCCCCACGCUCUGACUCACUCACCCCUGGUUUUCGCUUCUCUCUCUCUCCUCUGUAAUUGAAACACAAGUGAAUCAGAAUUAAAUAAGCUGUUUCGAGUCCGACACCCAUAGUUGGUGGAGCGAGGCUUUUUUUCCCAUUUCCGUGACCAAAAAGCGAAAGAGUUAAAGCCCAAAAGCCAUACUCCGAAUCCUGUCUCUCUCUUCACUCGCAAAGUUUCCUUUCAGACACACAUUUUACUGAAACAGCGCUGCUAAUCGCCACCGUUCUUGCCGGAUUCCGGCUAAUUUCCGGCCACAUUUCACGUGAUGUCAGAUUCUGAUCACCAGGUGUUGAAAUGAACAGGAUUCAGCAAAAGAAAGGUCAAACUAUUGAGAAAUUUCCAGGAUGCCUGGGGAGGAUGGUAAACCUGUUUGAUUUGAACACAGGCAUUCAUGGAAACCGCCUGCUUACUGAUAAACCGCUUCGUGAUGGUUUCUCAGUCUCAAGGAGUCAAUCUGACGCUGUAAGUAUGUUGAGCCCCACCUUUGGAGAUCAGAUAGAGGAUAAAAUGGUAAAUUGGGUGUUUAGUCUCUGCAAUAUUGUGUCUGAGUUAAGGAGAACUUUGUCAAACAAGAAAGGUAAUGGAACACCCAUGAAGAAGCUCAUAGCCCAGGAAAUGUCAAAGGAUGUGGAGUCUAAACAUAACGCACCCAAUGUGGUUGCUAAGCUGAUGGGACUCGAUGCACUACCAAGGCAGCAGCAUAGUUUAGCUGCACAAAGGUGCCAUUCUAAAUAUUCUUCUCGGCAUUCUUUGAGUCAUUCUGAGAUACCAGUGGAAGUGGAAAGCUGGGAGCGAGAUCAAGGCUUUUCAGACAAGCAAGUGCAAUGUGAAGUAAAUCCCUAUCAUGAGCUGAGCAAAUACAAAGAUGUUUACGAAAUCUGGCAGCAGUCCCCAAGGACAACUUAUUCAAGGGAGAGCUCUCCACAAAAAGGGAGGUAUAAUGAUACUGUGAAUCAGAAAAAAAUGGCUCUAGUUCGUCGGAAGUUUAUGGAAGCAAAACAUCUGGUGACAAAUGAAAAGCUUCGCCAGACCAAGGAAUUUCAAGAUGCACUGGAAGUUUUGAGUUCCAAUAAAGAGUUAUUCCUCAAGUUUCUGGAAGAGCCAAAUUCGACGUUCUCUCAGCAUCUUUAUAAUUUCCAGUCUUUAUCUCUACCUCCUGUGACGAAGCGUAUAACUGUUCUUAGACCUUCUAAGAUGGUUGACAAAGAAAAGUUUGCUGGAAUAGUGAAGAAGGGUGAUAAACAGAUGAAGACACCAGUGCAAAUAGGUCAAGUGACUGGGUGGGAUAGAAAUAACACUGCAUGUUCUUUCCCCAGUCUGAAAGUUGAUGAAUAUCCUUCCCAACCAACUAGAAUAGUGGUGUUGAAGCCCAGCCCUGGGAAGACUGAGGACAUUAAGACUGUGGCAUCUCUAUCUUCCUCCUCUCCUAGGAUUUUACAUGGUGAAGAUUUUUAUGAGGAACCUGGAGAGGAUGAUGUACGAGAAUCAAGAGAAGUGGCAAAGGAAAUCACUAGGCAGAUGCGUGAAAAUCUGAUGGGUCACAGAUGGUAUGAUAAUUCAUUUAAUAGAUCUGAAAAUGGGUGUGCUGUGGAAAACCUCAGUGAUUCAGAAGUCAUGUCACCAACUUCUAGACAUUCAUGUGAUUACAUCAAUAGGUUUGGCAGCCCUUAUUCUUCCCCCUCCUUCAGUCGUGCAUCAUGUUCUCCUGAGUCCUCAGUUUGCAGGGAAGCUAAGAAGCGGCUUUCAGAAAGAUGGGCCAUGAUGGCAUCAAAUGGGAGUUCUCAAGAGCAAAGACAUGUCAGGAGAAGCUCAAGCACAUUGGGUGAGAUGCUUGCUCUUUCUGAUACAAAGAAGUUGGUGAGAUCUGAAGAAGAGGGAAGUAAUAAGGAACAAGAACCUAGGGGAUCCACUUCCUGCAUAGCUAGUAAUUUGAAUAAAGAAGAAAGUAUAAGUGAUUCUCCCAAGAAUCUUCUGAGGUCAAAAUCUGUGCCUGUAUCUUCCACUGUGUAUGGUGCAAGGCUUAAUGUUGAAGUUUCAGAUCCUGAAGCUAGCAAAGAACAAGUUACCAAGGAAUUGACAAAGGCAAAGAGCAUGAAAUCAUCUUUUAAGGGGAAGGUUUCAAGUUUAUUUUUCUCGAAGAAUAAGAAAAUGAAUAAAGAAAAAUCUAGUGGAUCUCAAUCUACAGAUGAAUCUCCAUCUUCAACUCCUGGAACACCAGGUUCAUCCAUGAUUCAUCUUCGAAAUAUUAGCAAUGAUGCAUCUCAGUGCGAUAAUAACAAUUGCAUCCAAGAGUGUUCGUCUCCUGUUCUAGAUGGAUCAACAAGUAAAACCCCUUUACCAGAUUUGACUGGCAUGGGACAGAAACAAGGCAUGAUCACUGUGGAGGGAGGGUUGUCUGUAGCAAAACCUUCAAUGCCUGUCCGUAUAAGUGAAAAUCAGGACCAGCCAAGCCCUAUCUCAGUUUUAGAACCUCCGUUUGAGGAGGAUGAGAACACAAUUCCGGAGUCCUCUGGCAGUAUCAAACCAGUGCAAGGAGGACUGGGGGUGCCACCUAGGUCUAACUUGAUUGACAAGUCACCACCUAUAGAAUCAAUUGCUCGCACCCUCUCAUGGGAUGAUUCUUGUUCAGAGACAGCUACAUUCUAUCCAUCACAACUCUCUUCGGUUUCUCCAGGUGCCAAGGAAGAAGAACAGGAUUGGGUUUCCUCUGUCCAAUCAUUAUUAUCAGCUGCUGGUCUCAAUGGGGAGGUGCGGUUUGAGUCAUUUAUUGCCAGAUGGCAUUCGCCUGAAAGCCCAUUAGACCCAUGCUUGAGAGACAAAUAUUCCAACUUGAAUGGCAAGGAGCCUCUGCAUGAGGCUAAGCGACGACAAUGGAGAUCAAACAGGAAGCUGGUCUUCGACUGUGUCAAUGCAGCAUUACUAGAAAUCACGGGUUAUGGGUCAGACAGUUGCAUGAGAGCUAUGUCAUUUGGCAGGGCCCAGAAGAGAGUCAUGAAGGGUGCAUCACCCAUGCUGGUUGACCAUGUGUGGGCCCAAAUGAAGGAAUGGUUUUCCGGUGAGGUGAAAUGUUUCGUGGGUGAUGAUGGGGACAGCAACAACCUGGACGUAGAAAGGGUAGUGCAGAAAGAAGUUGUGGGUAAAGGGUGGGUUGAUCAUAUGAAAUUGGAAACAGAUUAUUAUGGAAGAGAGAUAGAAGGGAAGUUGCUAGAAGAGCUUGUGGAAGAGGCAGUGAUCGAUAUGACUGGUAGGUUGUUUUGAGGCUUUUUUUUUUUGUUUUUGUUCUCCUCCCCUUCCUCUAUUGAGUGUAACUUUAUUAUUUGUGAAUUUGUGCAUUUGAUUUUGAAGAAUGAUGUGAUGAUACUACCCAGCUUAUAUGUUAAUG